AUGAGACGGUUACUCGUCGUGCUGGACUUUGGUACGUCUCUUGCCUUGACAUUGUUCGCGUGGUCCUUUGACAUGUUCCACCGAAUACGGGAAGUCAACCUUACGCUUGUGGAUGCUGAGAGCUUGCGCAGAAUGUCACGGUGUCAAGACCUGGAAAAGACGCUUCUCUGGAUUGCAAAUCCGAGUAUCGUAAAUCGAUGUGAAAGAAACAGGAACGUUCUGAUCUUGUGGCAUGUUGCAUGUUGAGAAGGUGCGGAGAUCGCAUUCGAUGUCCGUGUGGACUCUUGCGGCCUGUGCCGAGUGGCCCAGAGACGCUAUGUGUCUUGGACCCGUUGAAGUGAUGGACCGUUUGAUCGGUGGUUGGAUCUAUAUACAUUUAUCGGUGUGGUCUCCUGUCCAAUGUAUCUAUCAUGAUAAAUAUUGUCAAUUAGAUCGUUGAAUAUAUUUUCAAUGUCAAUGACUGCCCGCAGUACCUGGAGAAAAUGCCAGAUCCAUAUGCACG